CACUGAAGCAUGCGUGGCAGGUCACCGUGCACUGGCCGCGAAGUUGGGUGUCACAAUGUGGCUCGACAUGUCCACGACAUGUUGUGAUAGUCUGCUGGUCAACUUGGCGAGAACGAUGAUGCAGAUCUGAUUCGACUCAUUAAGACACCAGAGCCAUCGAAGCCUCACAAGUGCAACGAGAGGAGGCUACGAGACCACUGCAGGUUGCGCAACGUCCCACGACAGCGACACUAGGUAACCCCAAGUAAGACUUACAGCCAAGCGAUACACGAAAAAUGGCUACGCCGAGGACGAAGAAGCCAGUCCCUUCCUGGAUAGAGAACCCCUACCCGCAUGUCGAACACAGUCUAAUAUCCUUCCCUCGAAAACACAUCCUUCUUGUCACAAUCGACCGGCCGGAGCAUAUGAACUGUCUCCCCGUGGAGGCGACAAUAGAGCUCGGCGCAUUGUGGAAAUGGUAUGAUGCCGAACCGGAGCUGCGAUGCGCCGUGUUUACGGGGGCCGGAACCAAGGCCUUUUGCGCCGGGAUGGAUCUGAAGCAGAGAUUGGAUAUAAUCAAGACAAAUGAUGUCGCCUUCGACUACCCGCUGGGUCAGUUUGCGGGCAUGAGCAAUCGAACCGGCAGGAAACCAAUCAUUGUCGCGUGCAACGGCCAUGCUCACGGCGGCGGUUUCGAAGCCAUACUCAACGCAGAUGUCAUUUUCGCUUCGCCAAACGCAACAUUUCGUCUGCCCGAAGUCCUCCGUGGCGUCUCUGCCCUCGCAGGAGCAUUGCCUCGUUGCAUGAUGCUCUUCGGCAACCACCGAACGAUGGACCUGGUCCUCACAGGCCGGACAAUGUCUGUAGAGGAGGCGCACAAUUGGGGAUUGGUCAAAGAUAUCGUCCCUCAAGAGAAGCUGCUUGAGAGAGCACUCGACUAUGCCAGUCAGAUCGCGACACUAAGUCCGGACAGCGUUAUUAUCUCGCGAUUGGCGGCGCGAGAAGCAUGGGAGACGGGGGUCAGCAGAGCGACUAUGCGCGGACAGGAGUUGUGGGCAGAAGCGAUGCUCCGGAGUAAGAACGCGACUGAAGGACUGGCAGCAUAUCGCGAGAAGAGGGAUCCCAAGUGGUUUCCUUCGCAUUUGUAGGCUCGCAACUCGAUGAUCCACGUCAAAUUUCUCGCGAGCUCGCGAGCUUGGUACAAGAAAAUCUGAGAGGCUUGGUUCAACGUCCAAUAAACAGCGUCGAUG